AUGAGGAACGGUAACCCAGAGUUCGGUUACCGCGCCGUGAACCAGUUCACACACAUCAAACCCGAAAACAUUAUCGUGAAUGAGACGACCGAGGCCAUCACCAUCAAGCUCGCGGACUUCGACUGCGCUGUCGCAUUCAGGGAGGGAAGCAGGACGUGCCACAGCAUCUGCGGCACCGUGCCCUUCGCCGCCCCCGAGGUGCUGGACGGCCCUUACGACGGGUGCGCGGCGGACAUCUGGAGCGUGGGCGUGGUGCUCGCGGAGGUGCUUUGCGGGGCGCGCGUGCUGGAGUUUGCGGUCGAGGGCGCCGCCGACGCGGCCUUCGCCGAUAACAUCCGGACCUACUUCCGGGCGCCGGCCGCGGUGGCCGACCUGCUGGAGGGGCGCUGCCACCCACAGCUCCGUCCCUUGCUGCCCCUCUGCGGCGCGGUGAUCGGCGGGAUGCUGGAGGUCGACCCCGCCCGGAGGCUGGAAGCUGGCGACGUCCGCCCCGUGGUGGGGCAGGGCAUGGCGCCACUGGCCGCAGGGCGGGUCGCUCCCGGCCGCCCAGCGCCCAGCGCCCGGCCCCUCGCGCCAGGCGGCCAGCCCACGCCAGGCCUCCCGCGGGCGGCGAGCGCGGCGGGGCCUCCGCGGUGA